GUUUAUUUAAAAUCUUGUAUAUCAGUUACCGAAUUUCCACAUUCAUCUGUUUUAUUCUUAUGUGAUUCGUUAUGUUUCCAUUUUGAGUCAAGGGAGUUGUGUGAAUAGGUCUCAAAAAUAUUACAGGAAAAGGACAUUCCCACCCAAAUCUACAAAGCUGUGCAGAACUAGAGUCUGAGUUCUAAAAGCAAAUGUAGAAUAUUACCUCUUUUUACAAAUUCUGCACCACGUUUUACACAUGCAAAAAUGUACUUGUGGAAAGAUGGAACUCAUAAACCAAUUUCAACUAGCAUCCAGUGCUGAGCAGAAUACAGUGAUUUACUGUUGCUGGAAAGAAAAACAUUUAAUCUUCCAUUACGUAUUUGCAAUGAAAAAUGUCACGAAAUGCAAGAAAAAAAAAACCCUACAUCAACCGAAAAUAUGGACCGAGUCAUUUUUACACUUACACAUUCAUGCGCAUGGUGUCGCUCUUCACUGAGAACAAUUCCUCGAAGAAAGCGCCUCCCCUCUUUCCUCCCCGCAGAAAAUUUGGCAGAUAGUGGAAAACCUCUAGUGAAUUCUCCCGCAAUAGAAGCCCGUAAAAUUAGACCUUGAGAGACAUUUGAGGUAAGGUAGUCUAUAUACUUCAGAUAUCUCUGAAGGCUUUUGAGUGUACCAUGCUGUCUUCCUGGAGAGGAGGCCCAGGAGCUCGGCUUUUGCUUCUCUCGCUUCUGCUCCUCGCAGCAUGGGAGGCGGGGAGCGGCCAGGUCCACUACUCGGUUCCGGAGGAGGCCAAACACGGCACCUUCGUGGGCCGCAUCGCCCAGGACCUGGGGCUGGAGCUGGCGGAGCUGGUGCCGCGCCUGUUCCGGGUGGCGUCCAAAGGCCGCGGGGACCUUCUGGAGGUAAAUCUGCAGAAUGGCAUUUUGUUUGUGAAUUCUCGGAUCGACCGGGAGGAGCUGUGCGGGCGGAGCGCGGAGUGCAGCAUCCACCUGGAGGUGAUCGUGGAUAGGCCGCUGCAGGUGUUUCAUGUGGAGGUGGAAGUUACAGAUAUUAACGACAACCCGCCUGUGUUCCCUGAAAGUGAAAAAAGAAUAAUCAUUGCUGAAUCUAGACCUCCGGAAACUCGGUUCCCACUAGAUGGCGCAUCUGAUGCAGAUAUUGGAGUAAACUCCGCCUUGACCUACCGAGUCUAUCCCAACGAUUAUUUCACUUUGGACACACAAAACAACCGGGAACAAACGUCUUCGUUAUCACUUGUGUUAAGGAAAUCAUUGGACAGAGAGGAAAUUCAGGAACAUAGUUUAUUAUUGACAGCUAGUGAUGGAGGCAAACCCGAGCUGACCGGCACAGUUCAGCUGCUGAUUACAAUCCUGGAUGUGAAUGAUAACGCCCCAGAAUUUGACCACUUAAUUUAUAAAGUGAGAAUGUUAGAGAAUGCAGUUAAUGGAACAUUAGUGAUCAAACUAAAUGCCACAGACUCUGAUGAUGGUACAAAUGCAGACAUAAUCUACUCAUUUAGAAGACCUGUAUCGCCUACAGUAUUACAUGCGUUUUCCAUAAAUCCCAGCAGCGGAGAAAUUCGGACAAAAGGUAAAUUGGAUUUCGAAGAAAAGAAAUUGUAUGAAAUAUCCGUGGAAGCAAUUGACAAGGGGAAUAUUCCAAUGGCGGGUCAUUGUACCAUUUUGGUGGAAAUAGUAGAUAUAAAUGAUAACGCCCCAGAAGUUACCGUCACUUCUUUGGCUCUUCCGGUGCGAGAGGACGCUCAGGUGGGCACUGUCAUCGCCUUGGUCAGCGUGUCCGACCGCGACUCCGGCGCCAACGGGCAGGUGACCUGCUUCCUGAUGCCCCACAGCCCCUUCAAGCUGGUGUCCACCUUCAAGAAUUACUAUUCACUAGUGCUUGACAGCGCCUUGGACCGCGAGAGCGUGGCGAACUAUGAGGUGGUAGUGACAGUGCGGGACGCGGGCUCGCCUUCCCUGUCGGCCACAGCCAGCGUGUCCGUGGAGGUGGCCGACGUGAACGACAACGCGCCCGCGUUCGCGCACCCCGAGUACACGGUGUUGGUGAAGGAGAACAACCCGCCCGGCUGCCACAUCUUCACGGUGUCGGCUCGGGACGCGGACGCGCAGGAGAACGCGCUGGUGUCCUACUCGCUGGUGGAGCGGCGGGUGGGCGAGCGAGCGCUGUCGAGCUACGUGUCGGUGCACGCGGAGAGCGGCAAGGUGUACGCGCUGCAGCCGCUGGACCACGAGGAGCUGGAGCUGCUGCAGUUCCAGGUGAGCGCGCGCGACGCGGGCGUGCCGCCUCUGGGCAGCAACGUGACGCUGCAGGUGUUCGUGCUGGACGAGAACGACAACGUGCCCGCGCUGCUGCUGCCCGGGCCGGGCGGCGGGGCGGGCGCGCUGAGCCAGCUGGUGGCGCGGUCGGUGGGCGCGGGCCACGUGGUGGCGAAGGUGCGCGCGGUGGACGCGGACUCGGGCUACAACGCGUGGCUGUCGUACGAGCUGCAGCCGGCGGCGGGUGGCGCGCGCAGCCCGUUCCGCGUGGGGCUGUACACGGGCGAGAUCAGCACGACGCGCGCCCUGGACGAGGCGGACGCGCCACGCCAGCGCCUGCUGGUGCUGGUGAAGGACCACGGCGAGCCGGCGCUGACGGCCACGGCCACCGUGCUGCUGUCGCUGGAGGACAGCGGCCAGGCGCCCAAGGCCUCUAUGCGGGCGUCGACCGGCGCCGCUGGAGCGGAGACGGCGUUAGUGGAUGUGAACGUGUACCUGAUCAUCGCCAUCUGCGCGGUGUCCAGCCUGUUGGUGCUCACGCUGCUGCUGUACACGGCGCUGCGGUGCUCGGCGCCGCCCAGCGAGGGCGCGUGCGGGCCCGGGAAGCCCACGCUGGUGUACUCCAGCGCGGUGGGGAGCUGGUCUUACUCGCAGCAGAGGCGGCAGCGGUGUGCUCUGGGGAGGGGCCGCCCAAGGCCGACCUCAUGGCCUUCAGCCCCAGCCUUCCUCCUUGUCUGAGUUCUGCAGAGGUAACAGGUGAAAUAGAACCAGAUUCAGAACAGUUGAAAGAGCCCCGACAACCCAACCCUGACUGGCGUUACUCUGCCUCCCUGCGAGCAGGAAUGCACAGUUCUGUGCACCUGGAAGAGGCUGGCAUUCUACGAGCUGGUCCAGGAGGGCCUGAUCAGCAGUGGCCAACAGUAUCCAG